GAAAGAAUGCCACAUAGAGGUGGGAGGGUUGCCAUAUUUACAGCGGCACAAGAAACCCUCAUUGUGGAUAUGGUUCGUGAGAACAACCUCAUCAGACUCCGGGAGAUCAGAGACAAAGUCAUUGCCGAUAAUGUCAACUUUGAGAGCAUUGAUUAUGUCAGCUUGGCCACAAUAGACCGAGUUCUCCGGCGCCAAAAGAUGCGGAUGAAACAGGUCUAUAGGGUUCCCUUUGAGCGCAACUCUGCGCGACACAAAGACCUACGUUACGAGUAUGUGCAAAGGAUAUUACAGUUGGACGCGAUAGCCAGACCUCAUGCGUACCUCUUGCUGGAUGAGGCUGGCUUCAACCUGCAGAAACGAAGGCAAAGAGGCCGUAACAUCAUUGGCCAAAGAGCCAUCACUGAGGUUCCUGGCCAACAGGGGGGUAAUAUUACUCCUUGUGCAGCCAUGGGUUCGGAGGGGCUUGUCCACCGGCAUGCUGUCCUUGGGUCUUACAACACCCAACGUCUCCUCACCUUCCUAGAGGAGCUAAGAGACAUCCUCCUGGACCGCCAACAACACCAUCCUGGGCCCGCACAUCACAUUUAUGUGAUCAUUUGGGACAAUGUCCGCUUCCACAGAACAAACCAAAUCAGAGAGUGGUUCACCACCAACAGUAACCAGUUUUUAAACGUCUGUCUGCCACCCUACUCCCCUUUCCUGAACCCUAUAGAGGAGAUCUUCUCAUCGUGGAGAUGGAAGGUUUAUGACAGACAACCAUACACUAGAGAGAACCUCCUAAGGGCAAUGGAGCUGGCCUGUGUUGACAUCCCAGUGGAGGCCUUCCAAGGAUGGAUUCACCAUUCCAGGGCGUUCUUCCCGCGGUGCCUGGCAAGAGACAAUAUAGCCUGCGAUGUGGAUGAGGUGAUGUGGCCCGAUGCAGCUCAGCGACAUGAUGCCGCACAGUGAUUGUGGUGUGUGUGUGGUGUGAAUAAAGUAAAUAAAAAAACUUCACACCCUGAUCAUGUUUUCAAGAGUACUGUUGUGUGCAAUAGAUUCUGUUUUUGCAUUGAGUUGUGUUACAGUAGUGUACAUGCAGUAUUUUCUAUAGAUUUAUACUAUUCAUAUGAAACUCACAAAUCUAAAUGCCUAAUCCUCUGCAGAGAUCUAAGAAGAUCCGUUACUGUAAAGUUUCUAAAAAUAUGCAUUGGCAGUUAUGAAACAAAGAACCUUCUCACAAAUUGAGCAUUGUGUUUUCAGUUGUUUUGCUGUAGUGUGUAAUGAUGUGUACAGUGUUUACAUUUUUGAAAGCUUUGAGCUGCUCUUUUGGUGUGAAAGUUUGAGUUUUUAAGUGAGAAGGUGUGGUUGUGUUUAUGUAGCUUUAGAAAGGGGUGUUGUGUUUAGACA